AUGGAUCCAUGGUCGAAUAUUGGGGCAAAAGUCCUCUCAGGGGAUGUCAACUAUGCAAAAAUUGUGGCGGCAAAAAAGGCAUUGAAACUUCUAGCCGAUAAUAAGGAUGUUGUAGUCAAGAUUUGUCUGGCAUGUGCUGACAAUGACUUAUUUGAAGUUAAGGAGGCCGCAUCGAGUGAUUCAUCGGUAAUUAACAAAGCUGACUCACGAGGAAUAACACCACUUGUUUAUGCAGUCUGCUUUAAACAAAAGGAAUGCGUUGAGCUAUUGUUGGCUCUGGGUGCAGAUGCAAAUUUAGAGGAAACAUGCAUUGGUUGGACUCCAAUAAUGUGGGCAACCAACUUUGACUACAAGGAUAUUGUGGAAUCGUUAGUAGGAGCUGGUGCAGAUCCUCUUAAAAGGGAGACGAAGAAAGAGAACGGGAAAAAUGCAAUUGACCUUGCUAAAGAUGGAUCUGCAUGUUUUGAAUAUUAUAAGACACACGGCUAUAUGAAGAAAACCAACAAUUUGAAAGAUGAUGAUGAUACCUUCUAUAAAAAGGAUACACUGCUACCCCAGGAAACAGAUGAGGAGGCUGCAUUCAAAGCUCAGAUGAAAUUGCAGGCUCUAAAUCUUGAAAGAGGGGACGAUGACACUUCCUCUGGAUUAUCGCUACGAAAAAUAGACAGUGCAGGAAGUCAUAAGUUUGUGGAUGAUAGUGAAACGGACAUUCUUGCAGAAAGUACCAUGGCGUGGGAUCAGUUUGAAUUCAAUGCUAUAACGGAAAGGCAGUACAUAAAAUUGGUUGAUGAUAGUGUUCCCGACACCAUAGACUAUAUAUUCUCACUCUACACCAGGUAUCCCAGCAAACCACUUUAUCCGGCUACUGUGAUGUUUAUGUGCCUUAGGUAUGCAGAAUCAAAGUUGAACAACCCAGAGACAACCUUGAGUCUGCUAGAGCUUUUCACUACACGGAUUCGAACUGAGACUGGCACAAAGAGUGGCGUUCUUCAGUAUUGGGUUGGUAGCAAGAAGGACAAUAAGAAAAAUAAGGAGUGCAGCAUGCAGACAAGACCAGACAUUGUGGUCAUAGGGUUCUGGAUUGGAGUAUUAAAUCAUCUCAUGUACUUUCUUCAUAGAGAUAUAAGUGGUCUUCUAAGAAAGCACCCCCAUGUAUGGCAGAUGAUUGUUUCUACAUUGCAUCCAUUAGUUGUUCAACUGGCAUACAUUUUGGACGACAGACUUGAAGAUUUGAUCGACAAGUGCCUUCUAGAGUAUACCAGUGUUCCAGAUAUGGAUAUCGUGUAUCGAAAUGAGUGGCGGCUUUUCAAAAAGAAGAAGCCGUCCAAGAAGACCACUUACAAAGAAAUCAUCGACAUGCUAUAUCCACCAACACUCGAUCAGCAGAGAAAACCUUCGCCGUUGAAGAUAAUUCAGACUUUGGGUGCAUUGUUGUAUGUGAUGGAGCUUUUCCACAUAAACGACGAGAUUGCAUUACAGUGCUUCACUCAUGUUUUAUUCUGGAUCUCGAGUACAAUUUUCAACAGAGUCAUCGCCAACAAGAAGUACUGCUCGAGAGCGCAGGGUUUACAAUUAAGACUUAACAUUUCGUACAUCCAGGAUUGGCUAAGGUCGAACAAUUUUACUCCGCACAAAACCAGCGAUGUGGACUUUAAAAACUCGAAGUAUCCAGAUGACCAAAUCACAGUGAAUGAUCAAGAUGCAAACACUGCAGAUUCGGCAAUUUUUGUCCAGGGUGUUGCAAGAUUUCAUGGAAAUAAGCAGAAUGCCAAGGAUGGAACUUUCUACUUCAACAGUCUUUACAAAGUUGGAGAGCUUCUACUUUCUCCUGUUAUAGAGCUUGUAGAAUGGCUUCAGGUGAUGACCAGAUUGAAGGACGAGGCCGGCCUAAAAGAUGUGAUUGAGAACUUCAAGAAGUUGGACACAGCCCAGCUUCUUCAGGCGGCCAAAAACUACAAGUAUGAAGUGGACGAAGAACAGUUCCCAAAGAAGCUAACCAAGUGGCUUAAGAAGUAUCCUUCUGAUGCUGCAGACAAGGAUUUGUUGCAUUACAGUUCGGACUCGAAAGGUCUAUCAUCCAUUUUCUUUGAUGUGGGUGAGGCAUUUCCGUUGGCAUUGCCUGGGUAUUUACAGCUACUUCACCAAUAUGGAAUGGAUAUUGACGCGAUAGAUAACACCAAAAUGCGGAGGUAUCAACCAAAUAUCCCAGUUGAGGUUCAGGAUGAUCUGGAUAACAUCAUGGACAAGUAUGGCUGCCUAGAGGAAUCUGGUGAUGCUAUUGGCGAAACAGGAGUUCUGAAUACAAAUUCACCAAAUGGACAAACAGAAUCUGGAGUUACUAAAAAUGCAUUUGAAGGAGCCAGCCGGGAUGCAAACUUAUUUGAGGUGAUAAAGGCGCCAAAUUCCAUUGCCCAUAAAACGUGGGCUGUUGAAAGUGAUCGUGAGAAUAACGAUAAUCCUUGGGCUUGA